CAACCUGCCAUCGACGCAACUUUUUCGCCUCCAAACCACUUCAUCCAUUGCGAUCCCGACGCAACACUUCAUCGGGCGAGGAGCGGGAUGCUGCGCGCCUCAAUCCGUAGUAGAGCCCUCACCGGGGCUCUGGCUGCGCGCAGUCAACGCCAAUGGCUCAUGCUGCAGCAGCAACGAUACUACGCUGAUCCGCCAGUCAAACAAGACACUACCGCCGGCGUGCCCACUUCUUCAAUCAGCCAGACGACCAGGCCCGCCGAGCCACCCGUCAUCGAAGCAGAGAACAUCCCAAAGCCUCCCCCAUCUCCUGAGGAAGUCAGUGUUACAGGCGCGGCACUCAACAAGACUCCCCCCGCAUCCACGCCGCUCCCGCCGACCGGCACAGGCUCUGCGUCCGUCGCGCCACCACCACCCCCUCCGCCAAAGAAGACCGGCCGCCUCCGACGGCUGCUUCUCUAUUUUGUGAUUCUCUCCGCGCUGGGCUACGGAGGAGGCGUGUAUGCAUCGCUAGUCAACGACGACUUCCACGACUUCUUCACCGAGUAUGUGCCCUUUGGUGAGGAUGCUGUGGCAUAUUUUGAGGAGCGUGAAUUCAAGCGGAGAUUUGCACAGACGAGCUCAUCAAAGUUGCAUCAGCAGGUGAGGGGUGAGCCAAAGGUAAAGAUUGGAAGCCGCUCAGGCGUGUCAGCCUCUGUUGCCAAGGAGCCCCAAAUGAGCGACUUGGGCACGUCCGGAAGGCACAUGAGCGCGGUGGAGGAUAACCAUCCCCAGAAGCCUGCCGUGCCGAAGAAGGAACCGGAACAGCGGGAGAAUAAACCACUGCCCAAGGAUACAGCUCCCUCUGAGACUGCUAAGGCGACGUCGAAGGAAGAGCCAAAGGAGCCAGCGCCUCAGCCAAAGAUGGUCGAGACUUCGGCUCCGCCUCCACCCGGGCCAAUUCCUGCAAUUGACAAUGUCAACAUCGAGCUUGGGACUGAACCCGUUGUCCAGGACGUAGUCAAGAUCAUCAACGACAUCAUCACGGUCAUCAACGCCGACAACGCCCAGUCCAAGUACGAAUCCACCAUCAACACCGCAAAGGACAACCUCAAAAAGGUUAUCUCUGACCUGAGCAUCUUGAAGGCCACGGAGCAGAAGGCUGCUGAGGACAAGAUCAACGCCCUGCACACUGAAUUUGAUAGCAUGGCCAAGGAACUGCUGCGUCGUCAAGACGAGGCCAUCCAGAAUCAGGAGCUGCGUUGGAAGGAAGAGUUCGAGGCCGAACAAGCCAAGCUGCGCGAGGCCUACGAGGCCAAGCUCAAGGCCGCAUCUGAGGAGUCGCAAAAAGUGUACGAGCAGAAACUCAAGAAUGCGCUGCUCGAGCAAGCCAUCAGGCUGCGCAAGGAAUUCGCGCAGCAAGUGCGUGACCAGGUCGAAGCUGAGCGUGCCGGCCGCUUGGCCAAGAUUUCCGAGCUCAGCGACGAGGUUGCCGAUCUCGAGAAGCUGACUGGCGAAUGGAACGCAGUGGUAGACGAAAAUCUGAAGACCCAACACCUGCUCGUCGCCGUCGAGGCGGUUCGUGCCAAGCUGGAGAACGCAGACAAACCUGCUCCCUUCAUCUCGGAGCUUGCGGCCCUUAAGGAGGUUGCGCAGGACGACCCCGUUGUCAACGCCGCGAUCGCAUCCAUCAACCCCGUGGCAUAUCAGAGGGGAAUUCCAACCACUGCGCAGCUGAUCGACCGCUUCCGACGGGUGGCCGCAGAGGUGCGAAAGGCAAGCUUGCUGCCCGAGAAUGCGGGCGUGGCGUCCCACGCAGCCAGUCUACUGCUGAGCAAAGUGAUGUUCCGCAAAGGCGGAUUGCCCGUGGGCGACGACGUGGAAAGCGUGCUGGCGAGAACGGAGGUCCUGCUCGAGGAGGGACACUUGGACGAAGCAGCACGGGAAAUGAACGGGUUGAAGGGCUGGGCAGGACGGCUGAGCAAAGACUGGCUAGCGGACGCGAGAAAGGUGUUGGAAGUGCAGCAGGCCCUUGAUGUCAUCGCGACGGAAGCACGACUGCGGAGCUUGCUUGUAGACUAGACAUUCUGCACAAGACGUCUUUUGCUACUGCGUCGGAUACGGGAAUGAGGUCAUAGCAAGUACUUGAAAAUAAAAAGAGGGACCGGUUUCUGUCUGUCGGAAGUGCAGAACGGUGGGUAGAAUUCUGUAUAUCAUAGACCCCUGUCUUAUAGGUAAAUUUUCUUCAUCGCGUACAUCCACAACCAACAUGCGUCGACCACAA